AUGGCGAUAUUUGCCGAGGCUGUGCCUCAUGGUUAUGAAUCCAGCACCAUAUACUCACUGAGCGAGGUUCCCCUCCCCAAAACAAACCAACAUGCUGCUCUAUGCUUAUGUACAAACCUGUCCAAGGCCGAGGCUGUUCCUCAUGGUUAUGAAUCCAGCACCAUAUACUCACUGAGCGAGGUUCCCCUCCCCAACACACACCGACAUGCUGCUCUAUGCUUAUGUACAAACCUGUCCAAGGCCGAGGCUGUUCCUCAUGGUUAUGAAUCCAGCACCAUAUACUCACUGAGCGAGGUUCCCCUACCCAACACACACCGACAUGCUGCUCUACGAUUAUGUACAAACCUGUCCAAGGCUGAGACUGUGCCUCAUGGUUAUGAAUCCAGGACCAUAUACUCACUGAGCGAGGUUCCCCUCCCCAAAACACACCGACAUGCUGCUCUACGAUUAUGUACAAACCUGUCCAAGGCCGAGACUGUACCUCAUGGUUAUGAAUCCAGCACCAUAUACUCACUGAGUGAGGUUCCCCUCCCCAACACACACCGACAUGCUGCUCUACGAUUAUGUACAAACCUGUCCAAGGCUGAGACUGUGCCUCAUGGUUAUGAAUCCAGGACCAUAUACUCACUGAGCAAGGUUCCCCUCCCCAAAACACACAGACAUGCUGCUCUACGAUUAUGUACAAACCUGUCCAAGGCCGAGGCUGUGCCUCAUGGUUAUGAAUCCAGCACCAUAUACUCACUGAGCGAGGUUCCCCUCCCCAAAACACACCGACAUGCUGCUCUACGAUUAUGUACAAACCUGUCCAAGGCCGAGGCUGUGCCUCAUGGUUAUGAAUCCAGGACCAUAUACUCACUGAGCGAGGUUCCCCUCCCCAAAACACACCGACAUGCUGCUCUACGAUUAUGUACAAACCUGUCCAAGGCCGAGACUGUACCUCAUGGUUAUGAAUCCAGCACCAUAUACUCACUGAGUGAGGUUCCCCUCCCCAACACACACCGACAUGCUGCUCUACGAUUAUGUACAAACCUGUCCAAGGCUGAGACUGUGCCUCAUGGUUAUGAAUCCAGGACCAUAUACUCACUGAGCAAGGUUCCCCUCCCCAAAACACACAGACAUGCUGCUCUACGAUUAUGUACAAACCUGUCCAAGGCCGAGGCUGUGCCUCAUGGUUAUGAAUCCAGCACCAUAUACUCACUGAGCGAGGUUCCCCUCCCCAAAACACACCGACAUGCUGCUCUACGAUUAUGUACAAACCUGUCCAAGGCCGAGGCUGUGCCUCAUGGUUAUGAAUCCAGGACCAUAUACUCACUGAGCGAGGUUCCCCUCCCCCAAAACACACCAACAUGCUGCUCUAUGCUUAUGUACAAACCUGUCCAAGGCCGAGGCUGUGCCUCAUGGACCAUAUACUCACUGAGCGAGGUUCCCCUCCCCAAAACACACAGACAUGCUGCUCUACGAUUAUGUACAAACCUGUCCAAGGCUGAGACUGUGCCUCAUGGUUAUGAAUCCAGGACCAUACACUCACUGAGCGAGGUUCCCCUCCCCAAAACACACAGACAUGCUGCUCUACGAUUAUGUACAAACCUGUCCAAGGCCGAGACUGUGCCUCAUGGUUAUGAAUCCAGGACCAUAUACUCACUGAGCGAGGUUCCCCUCCCCAAAACACACAGACAUGCUGCUCUACGAUUAUGUACAAACCUGUCCAAGGCCGAGGCUGUGCCUCAUGGUUAUGAAUCCAGGACCAUAUACUCACUGAGCGAGGUUCCCCUCCCCAAAACACACAGACAUGCUGCUCUACGAUUAUGUACAAACCUGUCCAAGGCCGAGGCUGUUCCUCAUGGUUAUGAAUCCAGCACCAUAUACUCACUGAGCAAGGUUCCCCUCCCCAAAACACACCAACAUGCUCUACGAUUAUGUACAAACCUGUCCAAGGCUGAGACUGUGCCUCAUGGUUAUGAAUCCAGGACCAUACACUCACUGAGCGAGGUUCCCCUCCCCAAAACACACAGACAUGCUGCUCUACGAUUAUGUACAAACCUGUCCAAGGCCGAGGCUGUGCCUCAUGGUUAUGAAUCCAGGACCAUACACUCACUGAGCGAGGUUCCCCUCCCCCAAAACACAUAG